AGCAGGCGUUUUGUUUCGUUCUACAUGCAGCUCUGCGUUAAUGUGGAGACUCAGGUGUGGGUUUAGAUGUUUUGCUAUCAAUCCACCAGUGAGGCACUUUGCUCAACCACCAAAACAACAGACGGUGCCAAAAAGCCAACUGAGCAACAUUCCUCCCACUAUGCUGAAGAAGGAAUAUUUAGCUGUUCCCCUCGCUGCAACGACUGAUGAUAUUGUCAAGCGACUUCUUUCAUUGAAGUUGGCAAUUAAGAGGGAUAAGUUGAGGUUAAAAAAAGAACAGCUCAUAGCGAAAGUCCAGAGGGAUCCUACUGAUCGUGACUCAGUGGAAGUCAGGGUGGUGAAGUUGACAGCAAUGAUCCAAAACCGCCGUGAACACCUACAAAAGCAUCACAAGGACAAAGCUAAUAAGAGGAAGAUGCUGUUGGCUGUGGACCACAGGAAGAAGCUUUUGAAAAAACUGAGAUUGGUUCACUAUGAAGACUGUGAGAAGGUUUGUGAGCAGCUUGGCAUCACCUACACCUUCCCUCCAGAGUACUACAGAUGGGCCACUCAUCGCUGGCUGGCCAAGAAGGUUUGUAUUCAGGUUUUUAAGGAAGUACAGAAACAGAGAGCUGAGGAGAAGCUGAAGAUGAAGCAAAGCUUGGCCUCUAAAGUUACAGCUGAGACCAAAAGUGAAGAGAUGCAGUAAAUAUGCAAUAUACGAGGUCUGUUAGAAAAGUAUCCGACCUU